AUGCCCAGAUCAGCACAGACUGCCCGGCGCAACGCAGAACGGCCGAGAUGGCAUCAGCGGCAGUACCUGGACCACGAGGGUAAAUUCGCGAUUCUCGGACGAUUGUGUACGGUUCAGGAAUUCAACGAGCCGGAAGGGUAUUACCAGCACAGAAUGCAAGUCUAUACCAAGGUUCCCGUUGAUGUUGAGAAUUAUGUUUCGCUUUACCAAUAUCUCUUUGACGUCCGAUUCGAUCCUGCUGCGUUUCUGGAGAUCUACACAGCUACCCAGCCCAAUGCCGUUGCCUGUAUUCGGCCCCUCUGGCUAUGA